AUGCCGACUCAAUUAAAUCGCCCUAUUGCGAGCCUUCAAAUCAAUUCCGCUCAUCGUUCAAAACUUAUGAAAAAUGGAUAUUCCACCGCUGCCGAUAUUCAAGCUGUCUCUGUUGAAGAGCUAGCUCGUGACCUGGGGAUCUCGCUAGAGGAUGCCAAUGCAAUCUCCGCAGUCGCACAAACUCAGCCCCAAAUUUCCUCCCAUAUCAACACAGACUCUGUGGAGCUCCCUGAAACCCAGCGUACUCAGCUAGUUAUUGCGGGAUCACAAACGGCUGCUGAACUUUUGAAAGUUCCGGCCUCGGCCACCGCGCUCUCAACAGGGAACAAAACAAUAGACGAAAUACUAGAUGGCGGCGUAAUAAAGGGAUCUCUACUUGAAAUCAGUGGUGUACCUGAGAGGGGCACGAAAUACUUGUUAUUGCGUCGUGAGUCAGACUCGAGAGGAGACUUACCAAUUGAAAGCUUAAAAGAUGUGGUCUCUUCCCUGACGGUAGACCGUGAGAAACAGACGACCACUGAAGUACAUCAUGCUCGCGUUAAAUCCCUUCCUGAACUCCUUUCGUGCGUCUCAAAGUUACCCCAAUAUUGUGUAGACCACCCAGGGAUAAAGCUUGUCAUAAUGUCUCAGCUCAGCUAUCACAUUCAAGCAUCGCGCAUCUCCCUUCAAGCCAAGGGGAAGCUUUUGACACAUAUUAAACAGCACCUGACCAAAACAUGUGGGACCGGGCAAGUGGCAGUGGUGGUCACAACUUCAAUGGCCGUGAAACUCAUUAAUGAUGAAGGCCAACCAGCUAACUUUUCUACAGGUACCAAGGCCUUGCUUAUACCUACUCUCGGUUGGCCUCAUGAGCUUUUGUCCAAUUCUUGUAAUUUAACCAGUCAUACCAGGCGACGGGUUCUCUCUGGCUUCCAAGACAUACAGACUGGUGCUAGGUAG